AUGUCGUUGCAACCCCAAACAGAUGUCAAUGCUCUGUUGCACAACAUGUGUGCACAGAUCUUGGCACUGACCACGCAACUUGCCAAGCUGCAGGCAAAUCCCCCUGCAGCAAACCCCUCGGUGGAAAAGAAAUUUAAUAACAAGGUGGAAGAUGUUGCUGACCCCAGCGCCUUUGAAGGAGACAGGGCUCAAUUUGCCGAAUGGUGGAUCAAGCUCCAAAUUUGGGUUAAGGCAAACUGGGACGUGUUUGCCGACGACUUUGAUGUAGCAACAGCAGUGUUAUCUCGACUAAAGAAACCUGUGGCGGGAAACAUGAGGACGGAUAAUUACGUUACCCAGUUCCUGGCCCUCUCCAUCCAAGGAGGGCUUGGCAAUGAACAUGCAGUAGAACUGCUGGAGCGGAAUGUGAACCCCCGCAUUGCAGAACAGAUCUACUUGCAGGAUACAAGGAGCGAUAAUCUGGCCCUGGCAGUGUUGAUGAUGAGAACUGCUGUUAGAAAACCACACACAAAAACAAACUAA